GCACUCGAUACCAUCCUUAAUGAGGAAGAUAUUAUUAUUCUCUCCGAAUAAAAACCAAAUUCGUGUAUGUUUCUCUUACUAGGCAUUUUCAAUUGAUUCGAGAGAGCUGGCGAUCGAUUGAUUUUGCGGAACGCACCAUGUGGUUGGAGAUAAUCUUUGGUCUGGUUGUCUACUGUUUGUCCGGGCUCUUCUUCUCCGGCGACGACGACGACAUCCUCGACGUUGAGAAUCUUGAGACCACUGAUUCCGAUGCACUUUUCUCCGUUGCCGCAAGACUUGAAAAGCUUCAUGGUGGGAAGGUGUAUACAGGGCUGCGGAUUCCAGAUGCUGAUACUCAUCAACUACAAAAUAUUGAUAUGGUCCUCCUCACCAAAGGCGGAGAAGCAGUUGUAAUUUCUGUACAGAAUCUCUCAGGUUUUGUUUCAGUUAAGGCUGAUGGAAGUUGGGUUUCCAAAAGUGGGCGUAAUCACAAGACUGAGCAUCAUCCAGAUCCUGUGGCAGAAGUUAAACGACAAGUUGCUAAUCUCAAAUACUAUAUUGAAGGAAGGGGGAACACUACUGUUCCAGAAGGAUAUUUGUCCUGCAAAGUUAUAUGCCCCAAUCCAAAAUUCCGUGCCAUUCGUUCAGACUACUUUCCACCUGAGGUUGUCACAUAUGAACAGUGGAUACAACUGAAACCCGAGUGGAAGAGUAUGUUUUCUGGAUGGAUUAAGGAUGCAUUUUUGGGGGGAAAGAAGGAAAAGCAGGAAUCAGUACAGAAGCUAAAUUUUGUCCUCAGCACAGCCCCGACAUGGGAUAGGUUGGAGCUCAAAGGUAACAAGUACCUCCUUGGAGAAUUUCUGGACUUUAAGGGGAAGGAGGAGGAUGUUCAAUCUUUAAAAGCCAUCAAGAGGUCCAAAGUCAGUCGUUUGAUCGUCCAAAAGACAAGCAUGUUUGUCGUUGUCCAUUCUAAGCUCCAAGUCCUGUAUUGUUCUCGAGACUACCGAAAUGAAGGGGCUUCAGCUUCCGAUUGGAAGGAAGUAACUGUUAGAUCAAAUGCAGAGGUGCUGUUUCAGCUGCAGAAUUCAACUAAAUCGCGCAAAUUCAAACUGUCAUCGGUUGUUUCCAUGUCUCUGAGUGCCUGAAGAUGUCAUAUGUUAAUAUUUUUGCAAGAUGAAGGUGCAGGAGGUAACAGUUGUCAUGUUUUUGAGUUCUCAUUUAUUUUGUUGAUGCAGAGUGUUUUAGAAUGUUGUGUUGUAUCUGAUAUGUAGCCAAAUAAUGAGCUGAUUUGAUAUGUUGUAACUUAUAAAAAUGUAAUUUGAACACGUAUGAUCAACUAUUUGAGGGAAUAAACUAUUCCAUUCUCCAUUUAACAUGAAUUUUAUUUUCA